AUGACUGGACGUGGCAAGGGCGGUAAGGGUCUCGGCAAGGGUGGUGCCAAGCGUCACCGAAAGAUUUUGCGAGACAACAUUCAAGGAAUCACCAAGCCUGCUAUCCGACGUCUCGCUCGUCGUGGCGGUGUCAAACGUAUUUCUGCUAUGAUCUACGAGGAGACCCGUGGUGUUCUCAAGACCUUCCUCGAGGGUGUCAUUCGUGAUGCUGUCACCUACACUGAGCAUGCCAAGCGCAAGACCGUUACUUCCCUCGACGUCGUCUAUGCUCUCAAGCGACAGGGACGUACCCUCUACGGUUUCGGUGGUUAA